AUGAUUGGCGAGCUUUGUUCUCUGAGAAAAGACUUUGACAGGGUUCUUUAUAAUUCCUUGCAGGCCUCUAACAUGGAGCCACAGUGUGCAAUCAAGAAAAAUGUCACUGAAUUAAUAGGUAAUACCCCAAUGGUAUAUCUGAACAACACAGUGGAGGGGUGUGUAGCCCGCAUUGCUGCUAAGUUAGAGUCCAUGCAACCCUGCUUCAGUAUCAAAGAUAGGACAGCAUUUAGCAUGAUCAAAGAUGCUGAGGAUAAAGGCCUCAUUACACCGGGAAAGAGUGUUCUUGUGGAGGCUACAAGUGGGAACACAGGCAUUGGAAUGGCAUUCGUAGCAAUUUUGAAGGGCUACAAGGUAAUAGUGGCAAUGCCAGCUUCGGUGAGUCUCGAGAGAAAAAUUGUGCUUCUAGCCUUUGGAGCUGAGGUGCAUCUCACAGACCCUGCCAAAGGGACCGAUGAAGUUAUUAGGAAGGCAGAGGAGAUAGUGAAUAACACCCCCGACAGCUAUAUGCUCCGCCAGAUUGAUAAUCCUGCCAAUCCAAAAAUUCAUUAUGAGACUACUGGGCCUGAGAUAUGGAGAGACUCGGGAGGGAAAGUUGAUGCUUUGGUUGCAGGGGUAGGAACAGGGGGUACAAUAACUGGUGCUGGCAGAUUUCUGAAGGAGAGAAACCCCAAUGUCAAGUUGUAUGGCGUAGAACCAGUGGAAAGUGCAGUCCUGAGUGGAGGACCGCCAGGUGAUCACCUAAUCCAAGGGAUUGGUAAUGGUCUCAUUCCUAAUGUACUGGAUGUUAAUCUCCUAGAUGAAGUUAUCCAGGUAUCAAGUGAAGAAGCCAUAGAAACCGCGAAAAUGCUUGCUUUAAAAGAAGAUGGGAAUUUCAUCAGGUGCCGCAGCAGUUGCUGCCAUAAAAUUGGGAAAGAGACCGGAAAAUGCUGGAAAAUUAAUCGUUUAAAAGAUGUAUGUGAAGAAACAGAACAGAGGAGAAGUGGUGAUGAGGAGUGA